AUGCCCCCAAAGCAGGCAACGAUGCAGAGGCGAGCUGGUCUUGCGAGAGACAACCGCGUUCGGCCUUUAUUGUCACAGGUUAAUGGCCAGCGACGGAUAUCAGUCGCCGACGACAGACCGGUAGACCGGCCACCUGAUGACUCUGAUGAUGAGAUUACCGAUCCAGAACCUUGCAGGGGAUCAAUCCCUUCGAAUGCCAUGCCAAGCUCAAAAGAGGCGUCUCGGGUCUUUUCGAGUACAAAACCAGCUUCAGACUCUGAUGAUGAUCAGAGUGCCUGGUCAUCUCGCGCCGACAUGGCUCGACCUUAUUUCGGCUCAUCGAAGAGAGGAAAGGAGCAGAGCAAGAUGUGGAGCGCUUCCCAGGAAAGCUCUCAAGGACAAGCGCAAUACGAAGGCUCUCAGGGCUCUUUCUCUACAACACGUGGCAGCAAGAGAAACUCACCAGACGGCGGAGCACUUAGUCCAGAAUCUAAGGUAACAAAGGCACGGAAGAUCGGCCUUGACGACGAGAAAGAGGCCAAAAGAUUACUAGUACGGAAGAAGAGCUAUGGUCGAGGCGAAAACAGCAGAGGGCGUAUCAGACCUCCCACAAAGUCAAAACCGAAGUCAUCGCAGGAGAGGCCGAUAUCCAAGCUAGGAAGAGAAGCUGCCGCGCCCAAGAUGGUGCAGCCGUCUUUCAAAGCCUACGAUGACGACCCAUUUGACCAGUUCUUUAGCCAGACACCUCCAAAACGCAUCAUUGAGCCCGCGGCCACGUUUUUAUCCUCUCCUCACGCUUCUGCUCAUCCUGUUAUGAAGCAUGUAUCUCUCAGUCCUCAUUCGUCACCAAAGCGAAAAGCUAAGGCCGAGUUCAAACUUCCAUCAGCUUCCUUACCUGAGUCUCUGCAGAGUCCAACGAAUGCGCGCUCACAGCUUCGCAAUCUAGAGUCAAGUCCUGAGUCUGAUUUGAAGAAGACGAGGAAAUUCUCGUUUGAAUCCUCGGACUUGUCAGACUUGGACAGCGAUCUCAAGCAGCUUGUAGAGGCACGUUGCCCCAUGUGUAAUGAGAUUGUCGAUGAGAAGUUGCUGCACGAUUUCUCCAAGGGUGCCCGUCUGCACAUCCGAAAGCAGAUUCAGUUCUGCCGACUGCACAAAAAGAAGUCUGCUGAAAAGGCUUGGGAUGCUCGGGGCUACCCCAAGAUCGACUGGGAGGGACUUGAUACUCGAAUUGCUACUCACUAUAGCUUUCUUGGAAAGAUUAUCAACGGCGGAUCUUCUCACUUUGGUGAUUUGCUGCUUGACAAGGUCAAGGAGGGCAAGAACCGGACCUUGCUCAAGGCAGAAGAUAGCUUGACGCCUGGCUAUUACGGCCCGCGGGGCCUUCGUGCAUUCUCAGAGCACAUUAUCGGUCGCUUUUCAUCGAUUCUGAGAGAACGAGCCGUCGACGAUCGGCUGAUAUCGUCGCGUGGUUAUUCUAGCUAUGUGGAGGCAGUGUUGGUCCCGGAAUUGGCAGUGCUGUUGAUAUCUGAUGAUAUGGUAGUGGAAGCCGAGGAAGCAAGAAGCAUACUCGGGGACAGCAAGUGGAUUGGAGACUUGCUUCACGAAGAUAAUGGCGAUACUGUAGAUCAACUCAGCGAUGAUGAGAAAGAGGGGUGA